AUGUGCACCAAAGAAAGAGACCCUGGCGCCUCGUUGAAGAUCCCAAGUGUGACAAUUGAAGAUCUACAUCGUUUUCGAUCCCGGCAUUUCCACGACAUGUCAACCCCUACAAUACAUACCUUGCCCCCAAACGAACCAGUUUGGGACGCGCCUGAAGAUGAGCAUGAGCUAGGCUACUACGCGGAUGGAGUCAGGCGAACCAUCACGGACGAGCAGAUUGCUAUGUUCCGGCACAGUGAGAUACAGGCUUUGCUCAGGGAGAGAAGGCAGAGGCAACAGCUUGACGAGUCGUCGUCAGCCCGCUCGGACGAGCAAGAAGACAGAACACCGGACGAAAAUCUCUCUCGCGGCCAAACUCUCAAGCGUGCUACACCUGAAACUCCUGCAGACUUGUCUCUCGAGCAGACCCAAUCGAAGAAACGGAAGCGGAGGAAAGGACCACGCAAACCGAGUCCAGAUCCUGAAGAGGAAGUGACUUACCGGCGAAUAGCCCGAGAACUUGAUGAACAGACGGACGUCGCUGUAGAGCUCGACUAUUAA